CUUACGUCGGACAUUUUUAAUUUUGAGUGUUUGCGAUCUAAGUGGCAAUGGUUAACACACUAUUUCAUUUAAAUAACUAUAUUAGAGGAGGACUACGGGAGCGAACAGUGGAAUAAUCUUCAUAAUUACAAGGUGCACCACUACGAGUCAAUGAAGCGUAUGAUAUGUUGUCAGUUUUAGAAAACUAUUACGACAAUGCAAUGUCAACAUACGACAAUCAACCUAUUGCACUUACAGAACACUUUGAUUCUGUUAAUGUCUCUUCUGCAAAGUCAUUACGUUAUUGGAGUUUUACCUUACCCACCGUAUAAGAUUAAAGCUGGUUAUCGGGAGGAAAGUUGUCAAACAGGACAAUACUAUCAAGAGGAUAUAAACGGAACUGGAAUGUGCAGAAAGUGUUUCGUAUGUCCUAAAGGAUAUAUGGAGCUUUCGCCGUGUUCCAAGACUACCAACAGGUCUUGUAAUCCAUGUGAUAUUGGGACUACUUUUAGUGACAAACCCGGAGGAAUUUGCCGGAAUUGCACUGAAUGUAAACGAGGUCAGUUUAUGAGAAGACAGUGUUUGCCUUAUAAAGAUACAAGUUGUCGAAAGUGUCCCAAAGGAACUUAUAACUUAGACGGAGAAAGUUUUGGGUGUAAAUUCUGCUCUGUUUGCCAAGAGCAUGAAGACGAAAUAUCGCUUUGUACUCAACUGCAGAAUCGAGUGUGUAGGUUAAAAGAAGCGGUUUAUUCCAACAUAACCAACCCUUCGGAUUCCGCACAAGAAUACCAGACGGAUUUCAUUUUUUCAACACGACUUGUGCUCGUUUCUCUCUUAAUAGUUAUUGCUUGUGCCUUCUUAAUCUUCUUGUUUGCAACUGUUUUACAAACAAUCAGCUCUAGAUUUCCAAGAAUUAGCCUUCAAGUGUGAAGUGCUUCUCCAUUAUUUAGUGAAUAACACGCAUACACGAAUAACUUUUUGGAUUUAACAUACGUGAUAAGACAUACA